CUUGUAUCAGGACGAUGUACACACUUUUAUAUUGACUCAUUUAUAAUUAAUUUGUUGAUGGAAUGAUCAUUAUGGAAUGAUAACAGUUAUUGCAAAUACUAAAAUUCCAAUUAAGAUUAACAACCAGUACCAACUUGAACCGCCAGGAUGUUAAAAUCAGUGCGUCGACUAGCCGUGCUGAGCUCACACGUACAAAAUGUCAACCGGAAUAUGUGCUUAUCUGGCGCUACAGCAACGUCCGCCCGUGCGCCGAUCAUUUUCGUACAUCCGAAGUUCUGUUUGGUGGAUGAGAAGAUAACGAUUCGUCUGACGGGACUAGCGUCCAAUCAGAUUGUGACGUUUGUUGCUGAUGUCAGAGAGAACGGAAGUGUGUUCGAGUCGCGGUGCGUUUACCGAGCAGACGACAGCGGUGUCGUGGACAACUGCACGAGCGAGUCACUAGAUGGCACUUUUAAAGGCGUAGAACAGAUGGGCCUGUUCUGGAGUCUAAAAUCCGUGGGUGCGAGGGCAGCUAUGCGACUUGUGAAGAAAGACGUCACGCGGCCGAUGGAGUUCACUAUCCGUGUGUUCGACGGGAACCAGGCUGAAGCGCCGGAAGUCCUUUCUGACCCCCUCACUAAGACCGUGGUGCGCCGGACAUUUAUGGCACCACAUGUGAAACGUCUGCCCCUGAGGGAUGGCCGCUUUAGGGGAACGGUGUUUCUGCCAGAAGGCACGGGGCCAUUCCCGGCCCUGAUAGAUAUGUUUGGUGGCCUUGUGUCCCAGGUUGAGACGCGGGCUGCACUAUUGGCUUCUCACGGUUACGCUACACUAAGUCUCGCCUACUUGUACUCUGAGGGAUUACCGCAGAUGCUUAUGGACGUGGACAUCGACUACAUACAGGAGGCGUUUGAGUGGUUCUCACGGCUGGAGUACAUUGACGCCAACCGGCUUGGGGCCGUUGGGCUGUGUUUCGGAGGUUUCCUAGCCCUUACUCUGACAUCAAUCCUACCUCAGAUCAAAGCGGUCGUAAACAUCAACGGUAUAUCAAUUACUCCUGGUGAACAUUUUGGUAAAAUCGACAGUCUUGGAAAAGAAUGGCCGAAGAAGGAAGGAGUGGAGAUUACUGAGGAAGGACUCGACCUUACACCGGCGUAUGAAUGCAAAAAUCCCAGAGCUGUGCCUGCGUGGCAGCACGGGGCCAAGAUCCUAGUUGUAGUAGGGGAAGAUGAUAAGCAAGUCCAUCCCAAGUGGCACACGUUCUUCCAAGACAACAUACCUGCACAGUUCAAGGACAAUUUGCAGGUUAUACGUUACCCGGACACUGGCCAUCUUAUAGAACCACCACACAUGCCAUUCAUCCGAGCAAUAGAACCAGGCAGAAAACGUAUGAUGACCCUCGACUUCAUGCCAGAAGAGUUUAAAGAUGAGAAGGUCAUGUGUGGCGGCCACAUGGUGGCACACAGUCACGCCCAGGAAGACGCCUGGCGGAGAAUACUCGACUUCCUCAACAUGCACUUGGGCACUGGGUCAGGGAGUUGACAAACACAUGUGUUUAACAAAAUUGUUCAUGGUGCCAUAGUCUAGGGUUACUUUGCGAGGUAAUUUGUUCAAGUCAGACAUUCAAUGUUACAAUAAAUCCCGGUGUUGGCUGAACAUGCCGUUUCCGUAUUGAGAUGAGAGUAAUGCUUCAAAUUCCAUUUAGCAAAACAUGUAAUAAACAUUUUCUAAUAUACAAGAUUGUGUUUAUAAACUUUUAUAAAUAUUUAUUUAAUGUUUGUUGUUUUGUGGCGUUGGUCUUGAUUAUUGUGCCCCUAAACAAGGGAUAAGUUUCUUGGCUACAGGCUUGUUUCAGUAAUUUCAAUUGUUGUAUUAAAUAGAAUAGAAAAAAAGAUCAGAUGUUAUCGACGGUGAUUUGUAUAAAAAAAAAUUAUUUAGGUUUGUGAUCUUAAUCUGAGUUUUUUUGUACUUUUUCGAUUGAGAAUACCGGUAUUUGAAUUCAGGAAUCAUUAACAUGUAGAAUUUAAUCUGUUUAAUAAUAAUAUAUGCGUGCUAUGUAUAAUUAACUGUUUCAUGACUUGGCUGUUUAUGAUAUUUGUUAACGCAAUCUAUACGGAUGUAAACUGGGCAGAAUAUACCUAAAAAAAAUGUACUUGGAUAACUGACAUGGUGACAACCUUUAUUUACCUAUAGCUAGUUUUAAUUAUCCCCCGCCUUGAAAAGGCGAGGGGAUAUAGUAAUGGUAGGCGCGAUUCCGUGCGUGCGUCCGUCCGUCCGUCCGUCCCACAUUCAUUUCUUUGCAUCUCCUCUUAAAUUUCUCAUGCGAUUUCUACCAAACUUUCACAGAUUGAUGAUCAUAAAGUGAAGCAGCGCAUAUUGUCGGGCUUUCCCGAUUCGACCAUUUUUGAAAGAGUUAUUGCCUUUGCCUUAUUUUAAAAUUAAAAUUGGUUUCUUCGCAACUCCUCUUACGUUUUUCGUGCGAUUUCUACCAAACUUUCACAGAUUGAUGAUCAUAUUGUGGAACAGCGCAUAUUGUCGGGCUUUCCCGAUUUGACCAUUUUUGAAAGAGUUAUUGCCCUUUGCUUAUUUUACAUUUAAAAUUGGUUUCUUCGCAACUCCUCUUACGUUUUUCAUGCUAUUUCUACCAAACUUUUACAGAUUGAUGAUCAUAAAGUGAAGCAGCGCACAUUGUCGGGCUUUUGCGAUUUGACCAUUUUUGAAAGAGUUAUUGUCCUUUGCUUAUUUUACAUUUAAAAUUGGUUUCUUCGCAAAUCUUCUCACGUUUUUCAUGCAAUUUCUACCAAACUUUCACAGAUUGAUGACUAUAUAGUUACGCAGCCCAUAUUGUCAGGCUUUUGCAAUUUGACCUUUUUAAAAGAGUUAUUGCCCUUUGUUUAUUUUACAUUUAAAAUUGGUUUCUUCGCAAUGACGCAGCGCAUAUUGUCAGGCUUUUGCGAUUUGACCUUUUUUUGAAAGAGUUAUUGCCCUUUGUUUAUUUUACAUUUAAAAUUGUCUACGGGCUUUCAUGAAGGGUUACUUUUAGGAAGAGUUAUAGCCCUUUCUUACUUUUGCGCAUUUCUUAUGUUCCUGAGAAACUACCCUUACCAUUGAUUGGCUUUCGUUACAAAAAUGCCCCCAUGAGGCGGGGGAUAUAGCUGUCUGUGACCGCUCUUGUUUAUAUACCAACGCAUGCUUCAAGCACUCCUUUGUGCAUUUUGUUUGCAUAUUGACCGCAGAUUUCUCGACUGUGCCUUUAUUUUACUACAUGUGUUUUCUUAAAUCCCACUCACAGCAUAUUAGAAUAUACAUUCAUUUAUAAAUUAUGUAAAAGUACGACUUGUAAAAGCUGAAACGUCAUAAACAAAAUGCAAAUGUAAGAUGUUGUUUUACUAUAACUUUUUCGGUAAUUAAUAUUGCAGAGGUUAACAUAUCAGCAUAUGGCAAUGUUUGAGUGGUUAGCGCAUUAAACUCUGGCGAUGUUAAAGUGGUAAGCACACAAGACUCUGGCAAUGUUGGAGUGAUAAGCACAUCAGACUCUUGCAAGUUGGAGUGAUAAGAACAUCAGACUCUGGCAAUGUAUGAGAGGUUAGCACAUCAGACUCUUGCAAGUUGGAGUGGUUAGCACAUCAGACUCUGGCAAUGUAUGAGUGGUUAGCAUAUCAGACUCUGGCAAGUUGGAGUGGUUAGCACAUCAGACUCUUGGAUUGUAUGAGUGGUUAGCACAUCAGGCUCUGGCAUUGUAUGAGUGGUUAGCACAUCAAACUGUGGCAUUGUAUGAGUGGUUAGCACAUCAGACUCUUGCAAGUUGGAGUGGUUAACACAUCAGACUCUUGCAAGUUGGAGUGGUAGGCUCAUCAUACUCUGGGAAUGUAUGAGUGGUUAGCACAUUAGACUCUGGCAAUGUAUGAGUGGUUAGCACAUCAGACUCUGGCAAGUUGGAGUGGUAAGCACAUCAGACUCUAGCAAUGUAUGAGUGGUUAGCACAUCAGACUCUGAAAAGUUGGAGUGGUUAGAACAUCAGAAUCUGGCAAUGUUGGAGUGGUAAGCACAUCAGACUCUUGCAAAAUGGAGUGAUAAGCUCAUCAGACUCUGGUGAUAUAUGAGUGGUUAGCACAUUAGACUCUGGCAAUGUAUGAGUGGUUAGCACAUCAGACUCUGGCAAGUUGGAGUGGUUAGCACAUCAGACUCUGACAAUGCAUGAGUGGUUAGCACAUCAGAUUCUGGCAAGUUGGAGUGGUUAGCACAUCAGAAUCUGGCAAUGUUGGAAUGGUUAGCACAUCAGACUCUUGUAAGUUGGAGUGGUAAGCACAUCAGACUCUUGCAAGUUGGAGUGGUUAGCACACACGACUCUGGCAAUGUAUGAGUGUGUAGCACAUCAGACUCUUGCAAGUUGGGGUGGUUAGCACAUUAGACUCUGGCAAUGUAUAAGUGGUUAGCACAUCAUACUCAUGCAAGUUGGAGUGGUAAGCACAUCAGAAUCUGGCAAUGUUGAAGUGGUAAGCACAUCAGACUCAUGCAAGUUGGAGUGGUUAGCACACACGACUCUGGCAAUGUAUGAGUGUGUAGCACAUCAGACUCUUGCAAGUUGUGGUGGUUAGCACAUUAGACUCUGGCAAUGUAUGAGUGGGUAGCACAUCAGACUCUGGCAAUGUAUAAGUGGGUAGCACAUCAGACUCUUGCAAGUUGGAGUGGUAAGCACAUCAGACUCUUGCAAGUUGGAGUGGUUAGCACAUCAGACUCUGGCAAUGUAUAAGUGGUUAGCACAUCAGACUCUUGCAAGUUUGGUUGGUUAGCACAUCAGACUCUGACAAUGUAUGAGUGGGUAGCACAUCAGACUCUGGCAAUGUAUCAGUGGGUAGCACAUCAGACUAUUGCAAGUUGGAGUGGUAAGCACAUCAGACUCUUGCAAGUUGGAGUGGUUAGCACAUCAGACUCUGGCAAUGUAUAAGUGGUUAGCACAUCAGACUCUUGCAAGUUGGGGUGGUUAGCACAUCAGACUCUGGCAAUGUAUGAGUGGGUAGCACAUCAGACUCUGGCAAUGUAUGAGUGGUUAGCACAUCAGACUCUGGCAAGUUGGAGUGGUAAGCUUAUAAGACUCUGACAAUGUAUAAGUGGUUAGCAUACAAGACUCUGGCAAUGUAUGAGAGGUUAGCACAUCAGACUCUGGCAAUGUAUGAGUGGUUAGCACAUCAGAAUCUGGCAAUGAAUGAGUGGUUAGCACAUCAGUCUCUGGCAAUGUUGGAGUGGUUAGCACAUCAGACUCUGGCAAUGUAUGAGUGGUUAGCUCAUCAGUCUCUGGCAAUGUAUUAGUGGUUAUCAUACACGACUCUGGCAAUGUUUGAGAGGUUAGCAUAUCAGAAUCUGGCAAUGUAUGAGUGGUUAGCUCAUCAGACACUGGCAAUGUAUGAGAGGUGAGCAUAUCAGAAUCUGGCAAUGUAUGAGUGGUUAGCUCAUCAGACACUGGCAAUGUAUGAGAGGUGAGCAUAUCAGAAUCUGGCAAUGUAUGAGUGGUUAGCGAUUCAGACUCUGGCAAUGCUGGAGUGAUUAGCACAUCAGAAUCUGACAAGUUGGAGUUGUUAGCACAUCAGGAAUCUGACAAUGUAUGAGUGGUUAGCAUACAAGACUCUGGCAAUGUUGGAAUGGUUAGCACAUCCGACUCUGGCAAUGUAUGAGUGGUAUGCACAUCAGACUCUUGUAAGUUGGAGUGGUUAGCACAUCAGACUCUGACAAUGUAUGAGUGGGUAGCACUUUAGACUCUGGCAAUGUAUGAGUGGUUAGCACAUCAAACUGUGGCAAUGUAUGAGUGGUUAGCACAUCAGACUCUUGCAAGUUGGAGUGGUUAGCACAUCAGACUCUUGCAAGUUGGAGUGGUUAGCACAUCAGACUCUGGCAAGUUUGAGUGGUUAGCACAUCAAACUCUGGCAAUGUACGAGUGGGUAGCACAUCAGACUCUGGCAUUGUAUGAGUGGUUAGCACAUCAGACUCUUGCAAGUUGGAGUGGUUAACACAUCAGACUCUUGCAAGUUGGAGUGGUAGGCUCAUCAUACUCUGGGAAUGUAUGAGUGGUUAGCACAUUAGACUCUGGCAAUGUAUGAGUGGUUAGCACAUCAGACUCUGGCAAGUUGGAGUGGUUAGCACAUCAGACUCUAGCAAUGUAUGAGUGGUUAGCACAUCAGACUCUGAAAAGUUGGAGUGGUUAGAACAUCAGAAUCUGGCAAUGUUGGAGUGGUAAGCACAUCAGACUCUUGCAAAAUGGAGUGGUAAGCUCAUCAGACUCUGGUGAUGUAUGAGUGGUUAGCACAUUAGACUCUGGCAAUGUAUGAGUGGUUAGCACAUCAGACUCUGGCAAGCUGGAGUGGUUAGCACAUCAGACUCUGACAAUGUAUGAGUGGUUAGCACAUCAGAUUCUGGCAAGUUGGAGUGGUUAGCACAUCAGAAUCUGGCAAUGUUGGAAUGGUUAGCACAUCAGACUCUUGUAAGUUGAAGUGGUAAGCACAUCAGACUCUUGCAAGUUGGAGUGGUUAGCACACACGACUCUGGCAAUGUAUGAGUGUGUAUCACAUCAGACUCUGAAAAGUUGGAGUGGUUAGCACAUCAGACUCUGACAAUGUAUGAGUGGGUAGCUUUUUAGACUCUGGCAAUGUAUGAGUGGUUAGCACAUCAGACUCUGGCAAUGUAUGAGUGGUUAGCACAUCAGACUCUUGCAAGUUGGAGUGGUUAGCACAUCAGACUCUUGCAAGUUGGAGUGGUUAGCACAUCAGACUCUUGCAAGUUGGAGUGGUUAGCACAUCAGACUCUGGCAAGUUUGAGUGGUUAGCACAUCAAACUCUGGCAAUGUAUGAGUGGGUAGCACAUCAGACUCUGGCAUUGUUUGAGUGGUUAGCACAUCAGACUCUGGCAAUGUAUGAGUGGUUAGCACACAAGACUCUGGCAAUGUUGGAGUGGUAAGCACAUCAGACUUUUGCAUUGUUAGAGAGGAUAGCACAUCAGACCCUUGCAAUGUAGACUUGACCGAGAUAUUCUGCACAUACACACUAAGACCAUUAUACACGUUGACCAUUUUGGUGAUGAUUAGGCAAAGGCUUCUAAAGUGAUUGAUCGGACAAGACCUAUUUUAGGUAAUUAAUUUCUAUAAUCACUGGGCGAUAACUCUCAAAUAACUUAAGCAAUAUGGUAGGUUAUAGAACUUGUCCGAGAUAUUUUGCCUAUACACAUUCCGACUACAUUUUGUGAUGAUUAGACAAAGGAUU